GGGUACGCGAAUGGGUGCGCCAUGAAAUCAAAUAGUUACUAUCCUCAUCGGUGGAGUUGAGCAGUUGUGUUGGUUGCGAGACUUCUGUACGCUCUAUUUUGCUGUUUGUUUCCGAAAUGGCUGAUCAGGGGGAAAUAACGCUGUAUGUGAAGGCCUCGACCAUCAAUGAUUCAGAGUUCGGAGCGGACGUUUUUGCUCAGAGGUUCAUGAUGAUGUUUGUCUUGAAAGAUGUGCGGGUCAACAUCCGCCUCGUGGAUGCGAUUAAGAGUAGAAACAUGAAAAAAUUACCAGCUUUGAAGCUAUUUGAAAACGACCCUGUGGAGGAUCCCGCGGAAAUCGAGGCCUUGAUCGAAAAAAUCUCUCCCGAUCAUCCAUUGCGAAGCGCGAACGACGAAGUAAACCAUCUUGUGUUUAAAGGUGCUGGUAGUGGAGUUUACCACAAGUUCAAUCAGCUGGCGAAGAACACAGACCCAAACACAGAUGAAAGGCUUAAAGCGAAUCUUAUAGAGGAACUUGCAGCGCUCGAUACCUUUCUUCGUUCGAAAAAGCCCCAGAGAUUUCUCGGUGGCGAAAAUUUAUGUCUUCCCGACUGUAUCUUGCUUCCCAAAUUGUUGCACAUCAAAGUGGUGGCCAAAGUCUUCAAAGAUUUUGAUAUUCCCGAAGAUUUCGAAGGCAUUCAUAAGUACUUGGAUGCAGCUAGUGGCAAAGAAGGAGAAACUCCAGAUAUCAAUGUCGAAGCGUUCACAAGAACCUCGCCAUCAGAUGAAGUGAUAGUAGAUGCCUGGUCUCGAUGGAUGAAGGUUCCCAAUCCUCUACAGAGGCGAAAGAAGCCUUGAUGAUCAUCGAUUUUUGCAGAGACAGCGGUAAUAAAUGUAGUCUUAAAAGAACUGGGAAUUAGGUCUGUAUUAACCAUAAUUUGUGUGGAUUUUUUCCGGUUUUUGUGAGCCAGUAGCUUUGUAAACGGCAUACAAAAGAACAGUGUGUGUACACGUGUUUUAUUACGAGUUUGAUAUUUACAUCAACGUAUUAGUGAUUUGAAUUCUAAGCGAAUGCAGAUUUAGAGUCCCGAAUUUUCCUCUUGCAGUCUAUUCUAGAUUUUUGCUCUGGGGAAUGAUUACAUUUAUUUUAUUUUUUUCUAUCGUAAUAUUCAAAUCGUUAAGUUUUCAAUUCCUAUAAAAAUGUAGCUUUCUUUCAUUCGUGCGUUUGUACAAGACACAUAUUUGUUGUUUGUACUGCGGUGUUCCGGCGAGCCUCUCCCGCCGUAAUUUUUAAGCCCUUUCGUCUCGGGCGAAUUGCGAUCGUCAAUGAACAGGGAUGGACACGCGAGCCUGUGUUUUUUUCUUCGUUGCUAAGGCAAAAUCCUUCUAGAAUGAGGUUGAACGUGUACUGUAGUGUGUCAUAUUCGAAAUACCUCGCAUAUUGAGGCAAGUUUACUGUUUAUUUUACUAAUUUACCUGUGAUUCUUGUUUCUAAAUUAUUGCUUCGACGCCAAAAUUUUUACUAUCACUCCCUCGGAAGGAUUAGGCAUGAACGGGAUUCUUCGGGUGAGGCGUCAUGGCUCCAUUGUUAUCAUUGUUUUUUUCGAUUUAUCAAUAUGAUCUGGCUCAUAUGGUUGGAUGUUUUCAUGUCACGGCAGGCGAGCAAUGCCUUGCUAAAUAUUGUUUGCGAUAUUAUGUCUUCGCUGUCAGAUUUUCUUUGUGAUUUCCCUGUAAUCAAAUCCUGCUGCAUGGGUAACAAUUGUGACAGAAGAAUACCGAUGUGGCGGCUCACCAACAAUUGUUUUCAUUUUUGUUAGGGCUUGUGCUGCUAUUAAUAGUUCUAAGCUAUCUUGAGCGUAAGUUACAACAAAGAUGGGUCAGCUAAACUUCAAUAAAUUUUUUGGGGAUUUAAUGAGGGCAGUUUGUUUGCUGUCUGUUGGCUCCCAGUGAGAGACAGCUAGUAUUAUUACAAUCUGGUUGCCACAGUUGCAUGACCUAACAUAUUGGAAUGUUACCCUGGGUUUGUUUAAACUUGUAUUUGUGUCCCUUGUCAUGCUCUUAUUCUGUGCACCAUUUAGCACUGUUUACAUAAGCACAGAAACAAAAGAACCAUUAUCUUCAAAACCCAGGGUGAGUGCAUGAUGGAGAGAAUUUAAUUUUCCUGUGAAAGUAAACUGCUUUGUGAUGUUCUAAAUCAUAUUAUAUAUUUACCUUGUAAACUCACAAAUUUUUGAUUCUAGAAGACAUUAGAUAGGAUAGACCAGAAGACUGAGAUAAUUGAUUUCAAAUGAAAUUUAGAGAAUAUUUUAUAACUCUUGCCCAAAAACUGCAGACCAAGAAUGGUUUAUAAUGCAAUAAAAUUAAAUCUUUCACUGA